AUGAAGAUAAAUAUAAACGCACUCCAGCCAAUAGAAGGAAAGCCACACGGAAACGGAACCAUAUUUGGAAAAAACAGCGGACACCCAACGACAAAAAUCAUCUCCAGGUCUGAGCACAAGAGAAUCCUGAGGGCAAACCCAACAGAGUUUGCAAAGCUCGCCAUGGAAAAGACUGAGCUGGCCAAGAACAUUGCCAAGGAGAUCUGCGGACUGGCCCCCUACGAGAAGAAGGCCAUUGACUUUGGAAGACGAGGAGAAGAAAAGAAGAUGAGAAAGUUCUUGAAGAAGAGACUGGGCUCUCUUAGAAGCGCUAAGAGGUGCCAGGAAAGACUCCUGUCGGAAAUGAGGCACAUGAACUAA